UUUAUUUUCCAAUUUUAUUCUUAUUUUUUAAUUUAUAAUCUCAAAUAUUUUUUCUGAUUCAAUUAAAAUGCCGCUGAAAUCCUCCCAACGGAAAUUAUCUUUCAGUACCCUGACCACCCUCGAAGCCCAAUCCGACGACGUCACUUCCAUUCCCCGCUCCAUUUCCGAUCCCUCCGCCUCCUCCUCUACCGUCGGAGACGGCGCCGUAUUGGACCACAAGAAAAGGAAGAAGAGAAAGAAGAUAAAAAAAUCGGGAAAUGAUAAAGUAGCCGACCUUGAUGGAGAAGCAAUUGAUCGGGGGCGUGGGUUUCUCCUUGAUAAAUAUAGUUGCACCGUGGUUGAAACUUAUCCGAAGGUGGUGCCGGAGGCGGAGGAGCCGGAGAGAAGAGGAAGGGAUUGUUCGGUGCGGACGGUUCAUCACAGUCCUCAUUUGAGGCAGAGGAACGUGAGUUUUGUAGCGGAGGAGGUGACGUCCGGGGUGACGUCAUUGGGGAGUGAGGCGGAGGGUAAUUGUAAUGGUGAUAAACAUAAUGGAGGUGAGAUUGAGAGCAAGAGUUUUAAGGAAGAUGAAGCAGAAUCGAAGCUGCAGGAACAGCAGCAGCAGAAACCGACCGUUGAGAUGAACGGGAGGAAGUUGGAGAAAGAGGAGUCGUUGGAUUGGAAGAAAUUGAUGGCUGAAGAUCCCAAUCAGGCGUACCCUCUGGAGAAGUCACCUAUGAAAUACUUUUUGGAAGAAAUGUAUGCUGGAAAUUCAUUAAGGAGCACAAUCACUCCUGGUAAUGAGAAAGAUCGAGAAAGAGUAUAUGAUACCAUAUUCCGCUUGCCAUGGAGAUGUGAACUGCUCAUCGAUGUUGGCUUCUUUGUCUGCUUUGAUUCAUUUCUAUCACUGUUAACUAUCAUGCCAGCACGGAUAACUAUGAUGUUAUAUAGACUUCUGAAAACAAGGCAGUUCAAGAGACUCUCAGCAGCUGAACUAUCUGAUAUUGGCUGUUUUAUUGUCUUGGCUAUUGGAGUCUCCCUAUUACAACUAGCAGAUAUUAGCUGGAUAUAUCACAUGAUUCGUGGUCAAGGGACAAUUAAACUUUAUGUUGUCUACAAUGUUUUGGAGAUAUUUGAUAGACUAUGCCAAAGUUUUGGGGGAGAUGUCAUGCAGACGUUGUUUAAUACAGCAGAUGGACUUGCAAAUUGUUCAGUGGAAAGCAUGCAAGAAUGGCAGUGGAGAUUCAUUAAGGAUGAGGCAUUGGCUGUCGGUGCAUCCAAUAUCCUUGUCUCUAGAGCAGCUUAUGAAAAUUUUUUUGUUGAUUUGUCAUGUGACCUUUUACUCUCUAAUUAUGUUUUUCCUCAACUCUUAAUACUUGUGCACUCAUUUAUUCUGUUAGCUCAGGGUAUUACUCUGUCUACUUGCAUAGUUGCUCAUAAUAAUGCAUUAUUCGCUCUGCUAGUCUCCAACAAUUUUGCUGAGAUAAAGAGCAAUGUCUUCAAACGUUUUAGCAAGGAUAAUAUUCACAAUCUCACAUAUUUUGAUGCAGUGGAGCGGUUCCAUAUUUCAGCUUUUCUUUUGUUUGUGUUAGCUCAAAAUAUCCUGGAAGCCGAGGGUCAUUGGUUUAAAAGCUUCCUUUAUAAUGCUUUUGUUGUUUUUAUAUGUGAAGUGAUGAUCGAUGUAAUUAAGCAUUCAUUCAUUGCAAAAUUCAAUGACAUAAAGCCUGAAUCUUUCUCGGAAUUCUUGGAAGAUCUUUGCAGACAGACUCUAAAGAUACAAACAGAGACUGGGAAGAGAAGUCUUGUUUUCGUUCCAUUGGCACCAGCUUGUUUGGUGAUCCGAGUUCUGCGCCCAGUUUAUGCAGCUCAUCUACCUUUUAGUCCUUUUCUUUGGAGACUCUUCUGGAUUUUGCUCCUGGCUGCUAUGACCUUUGUGAUGCUUUCUAGCCUCAAGCUGUUGGUCGGCAUGGGCCUUCAAAAGCAUGCCUGGUGGUAUAUUAGGAGGUGCGACAGAAGAAGAAAACUUCACAAAGACUGAUUUUGAGAGAAUAAUUAUUGGACGAACAUGGAGUUUUAACUCUCGAAAUGCCUGGAAAUUCUCGUACCCCAUAUCGUAACAGAGACGGUGAGGAUCUCCAUUGAACAGCAAAUCAAGAAUACUGAUGCUUAGAUAUUUGACCUGGAACAGAUGUUAGUCUGGGCAAUUUUGCUGAAUAAUGCCCAUCAAGUUCAUAUAACUUCAUGUGAUACCUCAAUUUUGUCUUCUUAGAAAGAACAUUAAGCAAGCAUUUUGAAAGUAGUAGCGUUGUACACAAACUUCAACGGCUACAUAUGUGAUGAAUGCAUUGUACAGUGUUCAUGAUGAAAGCUAAAGUUGUGAAAUAGCAACUUUGUUGGAGAAAUUUUUCUGCA